AUGGAUUCCCAAAUUGCAAAGAAAAAUCAAAGCCUCACAACAGCUGAGGAGAUGAGGAACCAAACCAAGCUUGUGAUGCAGCCGUAUGCUAACUGGGAGGAGUAUCUGACUCCUGCUCCACUCUCCAUAGCCAUCCUGGGAGAGCUGGUCUUCAUCUCCUCCAAAACUGAUUUCUCCAUCAACAAGAACCCACCUAAAGGUGGCUACAAGUUCAUCAGAUACCCAGAUUCAUUUCGUGCCUGCCUCAUGCAGGUGUGUAACUCAGGCUGGUGGGCUUUCAAUGAGGCCCAUAAGAACAUGGAUCAGAUUAGACUCCACACCAUGACAGUUCCAGAUUACAUGAAGACGGCUGUGAAGAUCCUGUUCCAAGGCAAUGAUGAGGUUGUUGAAGCCCACCUCCCUGACCAGCUGGAGAACAUCCGUGUCAUUGCAGAUGACUGUCUUGAGCUGGCCAAUUCAACAGAAAAGAGGUUCACUGAUGUCAUCAACAUUAUCCAAGAACUGCUGGAAGCAUGUGUAAAUGCUGAGCACUUUUAUGGAGAGGAGCUGGAUGCUAUCAAGAAGAAACUGGAUGAGUCCAAGCUGAGGAAACAGUCAUCUGAAGAAGCUGCUAAACGCUCAGAGAAGGUAAUGAAGGCAAUGGAAGGAGAACUGACAAAAGCACAAGAAAGUUACAGCAAAGCAAUGGAUUCACUACCCAGUGGAUGGGAUAUGAUAGGGAUGGAUUUGGUUGCGGGCAUAACUGAGGGCUUCACGACAAUUAUUAAUGGAAUAGCAUCCACAAGAUCUCAAAUAUUUACACCCCACAAGUUCUUUCAGACUGAAGGUCGAGAAUCUGCUGCUGAUUGUCUUAAUGAAAUAAAUAUUUAUAGUAAAUCUGCAGAAAUCCUGAGAUGCACAGAGACAAUUCAAGAGUUUGUGAAGGACAAGACAAUUAACUGGAAAGGUCUGUAUGAUCAAAAACACAAAAUUACAAAAACAAAAUUCCAGGCAGAUCAGUUCAAACGAAUCAGGGAGAGUUUUAAUGAAAGACCAAACUGCACAGCAAAAGAGGAAGCUCUAAACCUAUGUAACAAAGGCAUUGAGAUCUGUGAAGAACUAGCAAAGUAUAAACCAGAGGAGAAAUGUGAUGAAGCCAAAACAAAUAAGUUGAUUAAAAGGAUCAGAAAACUGAAUGAAUCAGCUCGCAGUUUCGACAGCAAAAGUAAAGCUGUUACAAAUUCUCCUGCUCUGACUCCCAAACCACCAAUGAUGUACAAAGAAGAAAGUAAAUCUGGGAAAGCUUCAGAAAGGGCAUCAGAGAAUGCCAGGUUCCGCAUAGAGCAGAGCCGUGCUCAACUGGACAAGACCAGAGAGAUCUAUGAGAAGAGUGUAGAGAACAUGGAGAAGAACCAGAAGGAGCUGACUGAAAUCCUGAUCACCAUGAGGAGCUGUGAGGUCAAAGAGAUAGAUUUUAACACCACUAUACAAAUGCUGGUUAAGGGUAUGGAUGCCAUGGGGAGAGUGAAGGAGCAGUGGGAGAAGAUGGUGCACUUCUUUCAGAUGGUGUCCAACAUUGUGAAAAUCAGCCUGAACAGAACCCUUAAAGAUUUUGUCUCCACAUCUGAGAAGACACAGAAGCUUUCCUACAAUGCAAAGCUCUUCUCCAAAGAUCUGCUCUACAAUCAAGCCUUUCAAGCCUCUAACAUCGCCAGCCUUGUCAACAUGAUCUCUACAACCUACACUGAGGUGUCCACCAAGCACCUCAUGGAUCGUGUCAGCUCUCUGGGAAAACUGAUGGCCAUGGACAAGGAAAAGCCAGAGUUUCAGUCAGAGGUGGAGCAGUUACGGAACUCCUGUGAUGGGGCUCAGAGAGCCAUCUUAGCUCUUGUCCUCAAGAACAAGAAAGAGUUUGAAGGGAAGAGUGAUGCAAGACUGGAGAAGAUUGAUAAAGAGUUGCUCGCCAUUCUCCCUGCUGCUUCUCCAGAAGAGAUGAAGAGCAUUCAAGCAGCUGUUAAAAGUGGAUUCACAGAGAAUGAGGAAGAAGACUACUAUGCCUGA